AUGGAUCAGAUGCAGCAUAGCCUCGACAAUCUCCCAGACGGAGGUGGUCCUGAGUGGUCCUUGAUUUACGAGCUUAACACAGCCUUGAUUUCGCAACCUCUCUGCACUGCUCGUCAAGUCGCUCUAGUCAACGCCCUUCAUACUACCGAUGUCAGAUUUACUGCCAUUGUUGAACACUCCUCUGGAGAAAUUGGUGCUACAUACGCCGCAGGGUACCUGAGCGCCAAAAAUGCCGUCCGUAUUGCAUACUAUAGAGGUUUUCACUCCCAUUUAGCCCAGGGAUCCGGGGGAAAACGCGGCAAGAUGAUAGCAGUGGGCAUGUCCUUGUAUCAAGCCUUGCGCUUCCGCAGCGAGUUUGGAACUUCCCUCAGAGUAGCUGCCAGCAACUCGCAAAAAAGCUGCACACUGGCAGGUGAUGCCGAAGCUGAAUGCACCUUUGUUCGUGUGCUGGAAGUUGUCACUGCGUACCAUUCUCAUCACAUGCUGCCAUGCGCCGAACCGUGCCUCGAGUCAAUGCGGAAAUGUGGGAUUACAGUGGAGAAGAAUCCGAGGCACUGUGCGUGGUACUUGAGUGUUUGGGGGCCCAACGGUCGAAGCCGCUCAUUCGACGACGCUGAUGACCUCCUACUCCUCAAGGGACAAUACUGGGUCAACAGUCUAAGCAAACAGCGCUUUUUUCUCAGGCAGUGA